AUGCAGAGAACAUUACAAGUGCCCUCAGUGAAGGAUGUGAAGAUGGCUGAAAUUCAAAAGCUUAAUGUUGUGAAACUUGUGGUUCCAGUUGAUACUAACUUUUCAUACGUUGGUCCAAUUCUCAAAGUGAUGCUUGAUAAAGUGCCUUCAGCUAAUGGAUUUAUUGCAAUUUACAAGAAAAUCCCGAAGAUUGGUUCAUGGCAUGUUUCUGUUGAUUUACAAGAAAUUUUUUAUGUUAAUGUUGUCACAAGAAAAACCGGUGCUUGUGGUAAAAGAAAGGUGAAAGUAGAUGAAGAGGUUAACGUUCCGAAGACCAAGAAGGAAAGGAAGAUUAAGAUUAAAGUGAAGCCUUCAAUUAUUGAUGAGGAUGAGAUGUAG